AUGAGUGAAUUGUCAAAAAAUACUUUACAACCUCAACUCUUACAGCUGAAGUGCCAUUUUACUUGGACAUUAAAUGAAGAGAUCUGUGAAAUUGAUGAGAUAGAAGAGAGACAGUACGAUCAGCUGGAUUUUUUUACUUCUAAGAAUAAAUAUAUGGUUCACAAUUUAUUAAGUUAUAUAAAACAUCUGAAUGGUGAUUACCCAGAAGCCAUUUCUCUUUUAGAAAAAGCUGAAGAGAUGAUUCGUGAGGCAUAUGGGGAUAAAGUAAACAGUAAAUACCUUGUGACCUAUGCUAACUAUGCUUGGGUCUACUUUAUGAUGGAAGACUAUGAAAAAUCUAACAUCUACUUAGAGAAGGUGAAAAGUAUUUACAAAGAAUAUAAAUUGUCAUUGCACGAUAACAUUGAGUUAUCUGAUCUAUAUGGUGAACAGGGAUGGUCUCUGCUGAAAUUUUCUUCAAGGUUCUUUGACAAAUCAAAAGAAUGCUUUAAGAAAGCUCUUGAGACUGAUCCAGAUGACCCUGAGUGGAACGGAGGCUAUGCAACCGCAGUGUAUCGUAUGGAAAGAACAAAUCUGAACACCAGCCAUGAAUCUUUACCAUUGUUGAAACGAGCUGUAGAACUAAAUCCCAAGGAUUCUGUGGUGAAGGCCCUUCUUGGCUUGAAACUUCAAAAGUUAAAGCAAAACAAAGAGGCAAGAAAGUGCAUUGAAGAAGCUCUUGAGCAAACGCCUGACCUCCCAUAUUCACUUCGUUAUGUUGCUCAAUUUUACCGGAAGGAAGGAAUGAUUGAUGAAGCUCUUCGUGUUUUGGAGAGAGCUGUAAACUUAUUACCUAAUUCUGGAUUUCUUCAUCAUCAAAUAGGAUUGUGCUACAGGCAAAAAAAGACCCAAUUGGUAACUGCAAGGGGAUGGAGACAAUAUGAUGUUUCCAAUGAUGAGGAAAUAAACAGACUUAUACAAAAUGCCAUAUUUCAUUUUGAAAAAGUCUUAGAACAUAAAAAAGCUUUUGCAUUUGCAUUCAAUGAUUUAGCAAAUAUGUAUAAAGAAGCAAAGGAAUAUGACAAAGCAGAAGAGACAUUCCAAAAAGCUUUCAGCAUUACAUAUCUUACAGCAAAAGAAAAGCAGCAACUCCAUUUCAGUUAUGGGCAGUUUCAACAAUAUUGCAGAAAAUCAGAAGCUGAUGCUAUAAAACAUUAUAAAGAAGCGCUAAAAAUACCAGAAAAUAUAUUUGUGCGACAGAAAUGUGAAAAUGCUUUGAAAAAGUUAGCAAAUAAAAUGGUGAAAAGAAAUGCUACUAGUGCCUAUGGAUAUAGUUUGCUCGCGUUCAUUUAUAAGCUUAAUCAGAAAAAAAUGGAUGCAAUUCAAUGUUAUGAGAAAGCCUUAAAGCUUGAUCCAUAUAAUAAAGAAUAUCAGAGUGAGCUCCGUGACCUGAAAUUGAAUGUAGGUUAG